AUGCGCUUCUCCGAAACCUUGCGUUUCAACGCAAACCCAGACUGGUGGGUCUAUUAUGUUCCUUAUGAUGAACUCAAGGUUCGCGUCGAGAAGCUCCGUCUGCUCCAUCAAGCCGUCAUCUCUUCCGCCUCGCAGCACACUGCCCGCUCCCACAGCACUCAUCACGACCACACCGAGUCCACGGAUGAGGAGGGCGACCUCGAACCCCAGCGAAAGCCGCGCAGAACAAUGCGUCGAUCAGCCAGUCGACGUGUGCUUGCUGACAUGCGCGCUUACGAUCGUGCCGCGGGCUAUUCCGCCGUCCUUGGCGGGUUUCCUCAGGUUCCACCCCCAGAGGAUGCAGCACAACCCUUAGUUCGAGAUGGGGAAGACCCACUUGAUAGGUUUGAGCAGCAGGAUGCUGAAUUCUUUGAUAUGCUGGAUAGACAUGCCAAGACAGCGGACGAGCUUUUUCAAAGGCUUUCAGAAGAGCUUAAAAAGAUGACGUUAGAGUUGGCCGCCGAAGGCGAGGCGCUCAUCGAAAUAGAGGAACGCAUGAACGCUGCUCCUGGGGAUAUCGAGGCGAUACCGUUGCUGCAAGCGCCGCCCGGUUCACCGACUAACAUUCGGAGCCGUGCAGCUCUCCAGGAGGAGUUGCAACACUUUCGCCACAAAGUUGUUGAGCAUUACAGAGAGCUUGGGGAAACUGUGAACUUUUCAACCUUGAAUCGGUCGGGAAUUGAUAAGAUUCUGAAAAAGCACGACAAGAACACCGACAGGAACAGAAGAACAUCAUACAUGGCGCUUUUAUAUAGCGAAUCACAGUUUACAGAUACGUCCGAGCUUGAACUAAUGCAAAAGCAAACGGAACGAGUAUAUGCAGAUGUAUUUAAGAAGGGUGAUGUGCGCACAGGGAAAGAAGAAUUGCGAGACGGUUUGCGCGACCUUAUCAUCUGGGGCAGGAACACAAUAUGGAGGGAUGUUCUUCGGACUGAAAGAAAAGUGUCCGCCAUCCACACCGUUCGCGGUGGCAGAAAUAUCGACUUCAAUAAGGCAAGUGAUCUUAUUUCCUUUCGACCAAGGUCUAUACCGGUUUUGGGAGCUCUUUUGGCAUUCUUUCUCGUCCUUUGUUUUCCGGGUCUUGUCACCGAUCUUCCAGUGGAUGGUGGCGUCGAGUACUCGGAAGAAACCCUUGCAGCUGCUCACCGAUGCUUAGCGCUGGUGGCUUUCGUUGUGAUUUUGUGGGCGUUUGAGGGCGUACCUCUUUACGUCACUUCCUUUAUGGUGCUUCCAGGAGUUAUUCUUUUGCGAGUGUUCUUGGACGAGGAUGGAGUUCCGUUGAGUCCCCAAAAAGCAUCAGAAACUGUUUUCAUGCGAAUGAGCUCACCAACAUUGCUGCUCAUUAUCUGCGUCUAUGCGAUGGGUGCGGCGCUCUCCAAGUUCGAGAUUGACAAGCUUAUAGCAAAUCGCAUCCUUGUGAGGAUCCGGAAGCCGCAUGUCCUCCUCGCUGCCGUGAUGUUUUUGGCGGUUUUCACAUCUGUUUUUGUGAGUAAUGUCGCGGCCCCUGUCCUCCUGAAUUCCGUGAUGAUGCCGACAAUUGACGCCAUGAGACAGUCGCGGAGCAAUCGAAAAUAUGUUCGAUGCUUGCUGUUGGGGAUCAUGAUUGCCAGUAAUAUUGGAGGGUUCGCGAGUCCGAUCUCGUCACCACAAAGCGCUGUCGCAUUGGGAUUAUUGGUCGGUGAUUAUAAGAUCUCGUUCGUCAAGUGGCUAGUCGCUGCGAUCCCCCAAGCGACUGCGAUGGUGAUAGUCUGCUUUUUGGUAUUGUGCUUGAUGUACAAACCUCAGAAUUACGAGUUGCCACAGCUUCCAAGUUUUUCUGAGAAGCUACGGUGGCCGCAUUGGGUGACAAUAACGUCGAUAGUGGGAACUGUUUUUAUAUGGUCGGAUCAUGGAUUGCAAGACUUUUUCGGGUCAGCUGGUGUGGUUGCCCUUUCCAGCACACGAUAUACUUUGGGACAGGAAUCCUCACGAAAGAGGAUUUCAACAACCUCCCCUGGGACGUGGUAUACCUGGUGGCUGGUGGCAUUGUUUUGGGUGCAGCUGUCGAGUCUUGCAAGUUGCUCGAUGUGGUGGCGGAACGACUCACCAAUGCAAUAGGAACCUCAAACUUAUUUCUGACGUACUUAAUUUUCUGCGUCUUUAUGGCGGCAGUGGCCAACGCUGUUUCCCAUACGGUCUCUGCCAUAAUCGUUUUGCCACUCAUUUACAAGAUUGGAGAGAGCCUUGGUCACCCGCAAAUUCUUGUUCUCGCCGGAACUAUUGCUGCUUCCAGUGCUAUGGCUCUCCCCGUUAGCUCAUUUCCGAACAUCUCAGCAACACAGGUUUCGGACGAGCAAGGAGACCCUUACCUAUCUGCAAGUGAAGUACUGAAAGUAGGCUCAGUGAUGACUGUUCUAUGCACUAUCGUGUUGGUGACGUUUGGAUACGCGCUAAUGGUACAACUGCAUAUGUAGAGGACCUUUGCUUUUAGAAUUGUGCAAAUACCCAUAUGCUGUACAUGUGUACUGUACCUUUGUGUUUGAACAUGACCUCGUGUGACGUUUUACUUUUUUAUGAUGCACCAUAGCACACAAGGUGACAACAAACUAGAUACAGGGGGGGGGGGGGGGGGGGACGCGCAAUAGUGCCGCUUUCAUUAUUGCCACCCUCGAAUUAGUGCCGCCAAAACCGGCAGACACAGGUUCUGCCAUGUGUCAUGCACGACGUCGUCAUCGGCCACUCCUCAUGCGCCUCAGCUCACUUGGUGACGUGAUGGCACCUCACUCAAAGACCCUAACAUGAAUCCUGAAAAGAUCGCCAAAGCGAAGCGUACGCGCCUUACGAUUGCACAGAAAAUCGAGGUUGGGCAUCUGCUGCAGGUCGGAAAGUUGGUCGAAAUGAAACAGAAAUUGAUAAAUCUAUAGUGGAUGGUAUUGUAGGGUUUCUCUCCCGACUGAGCCUGGUGCCAGAAGACGGCCUUGCAGAAUUCUGCAGGAAAGAUGUGGAGGAAUGGAUUGAGAUCGAGACUAAUGAGCUUGUGGCAGAAGCUUGUAUUAGUGAUGCUUGCGAUUCAAUACAUUAUGGUGGAGAGCUACAGAAUCAGUCUGCCAGUGAUCCUAUGAUGGAUGAUUGUGUGGCAGAAGACGAGUGUGAAAUCACGGAGAGGCGGGCCGUACCGAGUGCUGUAGCCGAGUGCUGUAGUGCUAGCAAGGUUGUUUGGGUCUUUGAAGAGUCUGGGUGUGGAGUGCGAUGUGAGCAAUGCCUUAUCGCACUUGAGGUCCGCAAAACGAGCUUUUCUAG